AUGGCUGCAAACACUACGAUUUUCUUGACACCGGAAGAAUCCGGCCGUGUUCAAACGACUGUCCGGGAUCUCAUGCAGAAGCGGCGAGAUCAAAGAGGCCAGAAAUGGACAGCUUAUGAUUCCAUAUCUUUAAUCCAGGAAGCAACGUCGGCAUCUCUUUUACAGGACCUCUCCUGUGCUGCUUUUGGAUUGGGAGGAGCACCCAAGAAGAGCCAGGACACUAUUAUCGCAUACGGCAUUGGUGUCCCGUACUUGCCAAGCACCUCCAAGCUGCAGGACCUAGUUCCCAUGAAACUGAGUGAUCUCUGCAUGGAAACACAUCACCGAGGGCGUGUGCUUUCUCUCCGUAGGGUUUCUCCUGUGGUCGAGAUGAAAAGUUCCUCCUGGGCGGUUUUCCAAGGAGACCUCCAAAACGAGGUGGAGCGCUUGGAGGUUUUCCUACACACGUCUCAAAAUGGCCACAAUACUUUGAACCUAGGGUUUGAAUUCCUAGUCAAAGAGCCGUACUAUACCCUCAACAACCAUGGCCAACGCACGAUUCGUAUCGACCAUCCUUCGGACCUGAUCAUAUCAACCUACAAUGAUGACCCCGAGUCAUGGAGGCGCAGAGACCGGAGCGAGGGGUUGCAAAGGGAUUAUACUCCUGUGGAGUACAAAGAGUUGGGGAACACUGCUCUCCACGACAAAAAAUACGCAAUGGCGCUUGCGCAUUACGCCGAGGGCCUGCGCGUGUUGACGAUACAGACCGAUGCUUUGGAGUCACUCACUCAUGAUGAGGAUGGGUAUCAGAAGGACCUUGACGCGAAGGCAUACUUCCGCGCCGGUACUGCUGCGUACCGUCUGAGCAAUUUCAGGGACGCCAAAGGCUACUUUGCCGAACAGUUAAAGCUUCUUCCCGGUAGUCGACUUGCCAGUACCUAUCUUGAAAAAAUUGAAGUACGGGAGCACGAGAUGAGCGAUGGGGUAUAUGACAUGGACAAAGCCUUGCGGAGUCUCUCGAAAACCAAAGGACGGCCAGACGCUGCGGACUUCGUUAGACGCACGAAGGUUAAAAGUAGUCCUGUAUCUGGAAAAGGCCUAUUCGCAGCAGAAGACAUUGAACAUAAUGAUAUUAUCAUGUGUGAAAAAGCAUUUUGCGUUGUCUGGGGCAAUGAGAAUGAGGCCUUCUCCGCCUUGACAUGCGACGUGCGAGACAAUGCGGCUAUUCGAGUCUUCCCCGCAGGUUUGCAUCAAGCAGUGGUACAAAAGGUCAUGAAGAAUCCAUCUCAAAUAGAGAAGGUUUUAGACCUCUUUGGAGACAACGAGGGCCUUGGAAAGAGACCCUGUGAAAGAGAUGGGAUUCCGGUGGUCGACACCUUCCAGAUCCACGAUAUUGUCCAACGUAACGCAUUUGGUCUCGGGCAGCAGUCGGAGGAUGAAGAUUAUCGGAACGCCAGUACGGGGCUUUGGAUCAGGGCUUCGUACAUAAAUCACUCGUGUAUAGGGAAUGCAAAGAAGGAGUUGGUGGGCGACUUGAUGGUUAUCCGCGCAACCCGCAAGAUCUUGGCUGGCGAGGAGAUCAUGCACAGCUACGACAAGACGAGUGAUUAUGACGCGAGAAUGAAAGCGCUGUAUCUGACCUGGGGGUUCCAUUGCAGUUGCAGAUUGUGUAUUGUCGAGGCCCAGGAUAGUCCAGCUUUACGCAAGAAGCGGCUCAUGUUGGAGAAUGACGCAGACCUUUUCAUUGAGAGGACCAAGCCAGCAGGGGCGGGUAUCAUUGCCGUUAACAGGGCAAAGAGGCUACGCAGAUCUAUUGAGGAGACACUUAACGAAAAGCGUUACAAGAACCUUCCUCGCAGAGCACUUGUUGGUAUUGAGCAAUGGCUACAAACAGCGGGUUGCAGAUAA